AGGAUUGGCUCCUGAGCGAAUGGGCCGGUAUCUGCCAUCUCAUGGGCUGCUGUGGCGUGUCAAUAACAGAACGUCCGUCACCUUCCCCGGAUGCUCUGCGCCGUGCGAGGAUUACUUCCGGGGUGGGCCGGGCGCAGGGCAGUCGGAAGCCAUGUCUGAGCUCAGCGAUGAAGCCAGCGAGCCGGAGCUCCUGAAGCGCAGCCUGUCCAUGUGGCACGGGCUUGGUGCCCAGGGCAGCCCAGAGGAGCUGGAUGUCCCUUUGGAUCUUCACACAGCUGCCUCCAUUGGCCAGCAUGAGGUGGUGAAGGAGUGUGUGCAGCGGAGAGAGUUAGAUUUGAAUAAGAAGAAUGGUGGUGGUUGGACAGCGCUGAUGUAUGCCUCCUACAUUGGACACGAUACCAUUGUUCACUUGCUGCUUGAGGCAGGCGUGAGUGUGAAUGUGCCAACCCCGGAAGGACAGACUCCCCUGAUGUUGGCCUCCAGCUGUGGCAACGAGAGCAUUGCCUACUUUCUGCUCCAGCAAGGUGCAGAGCUUGAGAUGAAAGACAUCCAGGGCUGGACUGCACUCUUCCACUGUACCAGCGCCGGCCACCAACAGAUGGUCAAAUUUCUUCUGGAGAGUGGAGCCAAUGCCAACGUGAGGGAGCCUGUAUAUGGAUACACUCCUUUGAUGGAAGCAGCUGCCUCUGGCCAUGAGAUAAUUGUGCAGUAUUUUCUGAAUCACGGAGUCAAAGUGGACACAAGAGACCACAAUGGAGCCACAGCCUGCAUGUUAGCCAGGCAGUAUGGUCACAUGAAGAUUGUAGCCUUGAUGGAAACUCACUCACCUGUACUGCCCAAGAGCCUCUACCGUAGCCCAGAAAAAUAUGAAGAUCUGAGCUCUUCAGAUGAGUCCUGGCCUGUUCCUCAGCGCCAGAGGCCCUGCCGAAAAAAGGGCCUCAGUAUCCAUGAGGGGCCGCGUGCCCUGGCCAAGAUCACAGCUAUUGGACUCGGAGGCAAGACGCAGACCACCUAUGAGCAAGUUCCUCCACGGGGCUAUGUGACCUUCACCAGCAGUAAUGAGAAUACCAUGGAAAGCGAGGGCCUCUGCUACCGAGAUGUCACUUCCCCCAUCAAUGAACAGGAUGUGGAGAGCAGUAGCAGCAGCAGCCGAGAGGAACCCACUUUCUGUGCCAGUCUUGGGCCUGUGUGGAGGAGCAGCAGCAGUGAUGGUCUAGCAAGAGCCCAGGGUCUCAGCAGUGAAGCCUCCAUAGAAAGCAAUGAGGAUUCUGAUCAUGCCCGGAAAAGCUCGGUUCGAAAACAAACCAGGAGUUAUUUGAAGAAUAAGAGUCGUCACGGCAACAGUGAUGGUCAUUGGCCUUCCAGCACAGGGACUGCUUCCACUCCAGGGUCUGAACCCCAAACUGAGAAGUCUCCUUACUCAGGACCUCAGGACCUUGCCACACUGCUGGAACAGAUCGGGUGUCUGAAGUACCUGCAAUUGUUCGAGGAGCAGGACAUAGACCUGCGUAUCUUUCUGACUCUCACUGAAAGCGACUUGAAGGAAAUUGGCAUCACGUUGUUUGGGCCUAAAAGGAAAAUGACCUCUGCCAUUGCCCGCUGGCACAGCAGUGCCCGCCCACCUAGUGAUGCCCUAGAGCUGGCCUAUGCUGACCGGCUGGAGACCGAGAUGCAGGAGCUUGCCAUCCAGUUGCAUAAAUGCUGUGAGGAGGCAGAGGCUCUACGUGGCCAGGUAUCCCAGGAGCAGGAAUUGCGGGCUGUAGUAGAGAGCUGCCUCCUGGAGCAGGAUAGUGCCCGAAAGGACAUCCAUGCCCAGCUGCAGGAGGCCCAAACCCUGGCCCAGGAUGCUGCCCUUGUCCUGGACCAGCUGCGGGCCUGUCAAGCUGAGCUGUCAGCUCGAGUGCGGCAGCACCACUCCCCCAGGGAAGGUACUUCAAACCCACGCUUCCUCUCAGCAGAUUCCAAAGGCUGGCCUAUUCCCCUGCAGGCCUUGAGCCUCCCUGAGUUGUCAGGAGCCCUGGAAGACCGUGUCCAUGAGAUGGGGCAGGCAUUAUGCUCUGUAAUACAGAGCUUGGAGAAACUACAGAUGCUGAAUGGAAAGAAAUGGCGGGAACCGUAGCCAGGAGGGACGAUUCUGACGUUGGGUGAUGAAUCCACCCUGAAGUUAUGUGCCACGAAAGACAGGGCAGUGAGCAGAUGGCUGCGGCAGCCCAGGGAAUAGAAGACCAUUCCAGGGAGCAGCUUAUGGACAGGAGGACAGGACUUCGGUCCCCACUAGGGCAGCUUGGGCCAGCCCUGAGACAGGAUGAAGGGCUUAGCACCCAGAUCCUGGUGGAGAGGCCCAUGCUGGUAGGCAGCUUUGGCCCAGACCAGGCAGGGCUGUAUGGAGAGGUUGUGUCCUGCCCGUGCAGGUGCCAUACUGAGGUCUGAUCUUACAGGCAAGGUCUGGGGUGCCUAGAAAAUGUACUCUUUGAAAAUAAAAAUUAGAUGCAAGUU